AGGACGUCGGGUGGGGUCCGGGUCCGUGCCGCGGUGGGUGUCGUGUAGAUGAGCUCUUUUCGGUUGGAGUUACCGUGACUAGCGUUUCCUUGGAAAGCACGUACAAAGCUGUAGUGAAUUCUGUGCCGAAUGGGCCCUGCCGUGCUGUUGAUUUGGUAAACUCAAGUUAUUGAAUUGGCCUGUCUUCGUUGUGGGAUGGAUGACAAAUAGUCGCUGUGAAACAAACAUUGGUCAUCAUGGCGGACACCAGCAACAGCAAACGGCAGGGUACAAGGGUCUUCAAGAAGAGCUCACCCAAUGGCAAAAUCACCGUGUACCUGGGGAAGCGGGACUUCGUCGACCACAUCACCCACGUCGAUCCCAUAGAUGGCGUUGUGCUCGUGGAUCCCGAGUACCUGCGCGACCGCAAGGUCUACGGCCACGUGCUGGCGGCGUUCCGCUACGGCCGCGAAGACCUGGACGUGCUGGGCCUGACGUUCCGUAAGGACCUGUACCUCGCCUGGGAGCAGAUCUACCCGCAGCUGGAGACCAGCAAGCGACCGCCCACCAGGCUACAGGAGCGGCUGAUCAAGAAGCUCGGCUCAAACGCCUUCCCGUUUUUCUUUGAGCUUCCUCCGCACUGUCCUGCCUCGGUCACCCUGCAGCCCGCCCCAGGGGACACCGGCAAGCCAUGUGGCGUCGACUACGAGCUGAAGACGUUCGUGGGCGACCACUCCGAUGACAAGGCGCACAAGAGGAACUCAGUGCGGUUAGCCAUCCGCAAGAUCAUGUACGCGCCGUCCAAGCCGGGCGAACAGCCGUCGGUAGAGACCAGCAAGGAGUUCAUGAUGUCGCCCAACAAGCUGCACCUGGAGGCCUCGCUUGACAAAGACAUCUACUACCACGGCGAACCCAUCAACGUCAACGUGCACGUGCAGAACAACUCGAGCAAAACCAUGAAGAAGGUGCGCGUCUCAGUGCGCCAGUUCGCCGACAUCUGCCUCUUCUCGACGGCGCAGUACAAGUGUUCGGUGGCCGAAGUGGAAUCCGA